UGAACAAGUUAAAAGUAUUGUCAGUACUUUGGAAAGUUUUAAAAUCGACAGGCCCCCAGAUUUCCCUGUGUCCUGUCAAGAUGAACCAUUUAGAGAUCCUGCCGUGUGGCCGCCCCCCGUACCUGCGGAACACAGUCUGUUCUUCCUUAAGGAAUAGCCAUAAUCCUCAUCUAAGCAAUUCAUAUUCACUCUUCAAGUCUCAGUUAAACUGUUUUUCCUCAUUGCAGCCUUUUCUGGUUUGCCCAGGCAUGACAGUGUGUUCAUCCCAGUUAUGUUGUAUUUCUUUGUCUCUUGACAAGGGUAGGAGUUUGCAAGGGCAAGGACCAUGGCUUUAUUUACUCAACACAAAUAACAAAUAGCAAACUCCACUGCUCACGCAGCAUUUGGCACAUAGUAGGCAGUCAGCUUGGAGAAGGCAAUGGCACCCCACUCCAGUACUCUUGCCUGGAAAAUCCCAUGGACGGAGGAGCCUGGUAGGCUGUGGUCCAUGGGGUCGCUAAGAGUCGGACACGACUGAUCGACUUCACUUUCACUUUUCACUUUCACGCAUUGGAGAAGGAAAUGGCAACCCACUCCAGUGUUCUUGCCUGGAGAAUCCCAGGGCCGGGGGAGCCUGGUGGGCUGCCAUCUAUGGGAUCGCACAGAGUCGGACACGACUGAAGUGACUUAGCAGCAGCAGCAGCAGCAGCAGCAGCAGGCAUUCAGCCAACACCGAGUAACUUCAUUAAUUCUACAGAAAAGACAACUGAAAGAUAGAAAUUUUAAUUCAUUAGAGAUAAACUAAGGAGUGGGAACAAGAUAGUGAGCUCCACCUCAGAUAAGGCGUCCCAAUCGAGAAGUAAGACCUCUGAGGAAAGAGAUGCCAGGAGGCGGUGCCCGGGGACCCGUAGGCCGAGCACAUCCCAUAUCUAAGAGCGAGAAGCCCUCCACCAGCCGGGACAAGGACUGCAGAGCCAGAGGGAGAGAUGACAAGGGAAGGAAAAAUAUGCAAGAUGGUACAAGUGAUGGUGAAAUUCCAAAAUUUGAUGGUGCCGCAUAUGAUAAGGACCUGGUAGAAGCCCUUGAGAGAGACAUCGUCUCCAGGAACCCAAGCGUUCACUGGGAUGACAUAGCAGAUCUGGAAGAAGCUAAGAAGUUGCUGAGGGAAGCUGUCGUCCUUCCCAUGUGGAUGCCUGACUUUUUCAAAGGGAUUAGAAGGCCGUGGAAGGGAGUGCUGAUGGUUGGGCCCCCAGGCACUGGUAAGACCAUGCUGGCUAAAGCCGUGGCCACUGAGUGCGGCACAACCUUCUUCAACGUCUCCUCUUCCACACUGACAUCUAAAUAUAGAGGGGAAUCUGAGAAGUUGGUUCGUCUGUUGUUUGAAAUGGCUAGGUUUUAUGCCCCGACCACGAUCUUCAUCGAUGAGAUAGAUUCUAUCUGCAGUCGAAGAGGAACCUCUGAUGAACAUGAGGCAAGUCGCAGAGUGAAGUCUGAGCUGCUCAUUCAGAUGGAUGGAGUCGGAGGAGCUUUGGAGAAUGAUGAUCCUUCCAAAAUGGUCAUGGUAUUGGCUGCCACUAAUUUCCCAUGGGACAUUGAUGAAGCAUUGCGGAGGAGAUUAGAAAAAAGGAUAUAUAUACCUCUGCCAACAGCAAAAGGAAGAACUGAGCUUCUGAAAAUCAAUCUUCGUGAAGUUGAGUUGGAUCCAGAUAUUCAACUGGAAGAUAUAGCAGAGAAGAUUGAGGGCUACUCUGGUGCUGAUAUAACUAACGUUUGCAGGGAUGCAUCCUUAAUGGCCAUGAGACGGCGAAUCAAUGGUCUCAGUCCAGAAGAGAUCCGUGCACUCUCUAAAGAGGAGCUUCAGAUGCCCGUGACCAGAGGAGACUUUGAGUUGGCUCUUAAGAAAAUCGCAAAGUCUGUCUCUGCAGCAGACUUAGAGAAAUAUGAAAAGUGGAUGGUAGAAUUUGGAUCUGCUUGAAUUUCUGUCAGCUCUUUCAUUUCUGGUAUUUUUGUCUAUAAAAUGUGAAGAAAUUCCAGCAAUUUUUUUUUUUAAACAGGUUUGGAACUUUUCAUUGGAGAGAUUUUUCUCUGAAAGGAAAACAAUUUAAAACCGUAAAGAGUAUACAUGUAGUAGAGAAAUAAGAAAAGCCUACAUAGAGAGCCUGACAUUCAUUAUCCAUGCGUUACAAUUGCACACCCACACCAGAGUAUGGAGGGCUGAAGAAAGUGACCCAUGUGCUGUUGUAGAAACUUGUUUACAGAACAUCUAGAAGGAACUCUGUUUCUGACUUUGCAUUUUUUUCCCUCUUCUUAGCUCUGAACAUGAAGGACCUUUUCUGUUGACUUUUAGCAUCAAAACUGGGUUUGUAUCAGAUCUGUUCCUUGUUUUGAAGAGUGAUAGUUUUGGAUUAAAUAAUGAAUCUGCUAGUUAAACCUUCAGCAUUCAACCACUACUGUUAGAGGCUGUUAACACCGUUUACCUUUUCUUCCCUCACCAUUUCCUCUGCUAGCUAUUUAAUCACUUAUUGAGCUUUGUGGGGGUAUAUAGCUUCAUGCUUUGUGGUUUUUGAAUCAUCUUGCCAGGUGGCUCCUCUGAUCUGGAGUAUUUUUGCUGGCAGUACUUCAUAUUGGAAGGGCAGGAAAAGUAUCAUGUUUGCAUAAGAACUUCCUCUUCGUUCUAGACUUCUGAGUUUGUUUUCACUCUUCUUUCAAUAAGUUCAACAGAUCAACCCUUGCUCUAACAUUGUUUUUUGCUGAAUUUGCCUUUCAUAUUCUAAAUAAAUGCUUUGGUAUUCUAAACAAGUCCACUCUCUUGUGGCUAAUGCAAAACAAAGCAAACUCUUUAUGGUUUUCUGGACAGCUUGUUUAUUAACAAAACAGCAUCGUGCGUAAUGAAUGAUGUUCAGUUGAACAUUUAGAAACCAUUCCUUGUCUAGGUUGAGUCCUUGUACGCACACUAAGGUUAGGUUAGAAAUCGGCCUUGCUCAUUCACUUCAGCAGGAAUUAAACAAGAAGGAGGCCAGAAAAAGAGAGGUUGUGUAUCUAGUUAUGAGUAGUCGAAUGUUAGUUUUUAAAAAUUGCAUUAUUUUGACUGGGCAACCUGUGCUUUGAUAGUCAAGCUUUACAAAAAUUUGUAUUGGAUGGUAUCCUGAAUUUUCAAUUUUAGACAGUAGCUACUAGUUUAACUAAAAAUAAUACAGCUUUUUUGACAGUUGAAGAUAACUUUUAGCAACUUGCUUAGGAGCUUUUCCCCUACUAAGAACUAUAUAAUUUUUAGGUAAGUCUGACUCUGAACUGCAGUAUUCAUCUGAUGCUUUAAAUCACCCUCCCCCUUUCCUCUGAGGCAUAGAGUUUAAGAGUUAAAAUCAUGAGAUAGCAUGAUUUUAUUUUAAUUGAAUUAGUUCACCUUAAUUCCUUUUAUUCAUGAACUUUUAAAAUAAAGAAAUAAUCCCACUAACAUCAUCUUGCAGACUAUUGCCAGGCAGUAGCUUAUUUUUUUCCUUAAGUUCUAGGAGUCAUCAUUAAAACCUUAGUGUUUUGAUUGCCAAAAAUUUUGUAUAUGUUAGUUGAUUAGUUAGACCAUAUUUCUAGGUUUUAUGUUAUUUGUCUUGGCUCAUGUUUCAAUUUUUCCUGACUUCUUCAUGCAUAAUAACAUGGUAAUUGUGAUUUUUUAAAAAAAACUGUCAGUUGAUUAGUUCCUGGGAGCUUGUCUUUACUGUGUUCUGUCAGUCGUGUGCUCUUUUUUACUUCCCUGGUUUCUCUGUCAGAGGAUGGUGAAUGCUUUGUAGGUGUUAACCCCCUUAAAGGAUCCUGGCUCUAGCUAAUGAAAAUGAAAGGCACAGUAACCUGUGUGUGCUUUGAAAAGAUAAUAUAUGAAAGUUUUUCUCUCUUUAAAUUUGCUUUAAAAUUAGAACUGGAAUCCAUUUUGUUGAACAAUACAACUAUUAUAGACCUGGAUGUUUUCAAGAACCAUUUUUGCCAUUUCCCAAGCUACAUGUUUAUUGUGAACAUGUACACAUGUAAUUAUGGAGAACCUGUAAACUGUUACAUGUUUAUAGCAAACAUUUUGCUUGCAUAGUUCCUUUGUUUUUAAAAGGAAAUUAAUAUUCAUGAAAUGUGCCAGACAAAUGGCUGAAACCUUCUAGAAAUCCAAGUAGAAAGUAGACGUUGGCAUCCCAGAUUUUGUCUUCUAGUCAGCAGCAUCGUGAGCAUUCCAGAAUGACCAGAUACAUGUUGGGCUUGGACCUCUGCCUUCAAAAAUGCCAGGACAGCUUGGAAGAAGUAGCAUGCUAUGUUCUAGCUGCCAGUGGCGGCUUUGUUUGAGCUCUGGAGAUUGCACUUUUUAUGAUGUGAUACUUGACUGUCAAAAAAGUAGGCUGAAAUCACUAAUUAUUCAAAAAAAAUGAGCAAGUGUCUGGUGAAUCUACUGUAAACAAACAUAUAGCUGCUACACCAGGAAAAAUACACCGCCCAGAUUUUCAAUGUAAUUGUCACUCUUCCACUUUGCUACAUGUAGGCUGACUCUUUGAAACAUGACAUUAUUGAUACUGUAGGUUUUGAACAGCUUGAGUUUGUUUGAAUUCCUUCCUGGGAGGUUUCUGUAUACGCUGCUGAAUCCAUGAUGAGAAUCACAGAUCAGCUGACACAGUUCUGUUUUUACUCUGCUGACUCCUAAGGACUUUGAGGUCCAGUGAAGGAUGAGGCAGGCAUUGCUUGUCCUGUGGGCUUUGGCUCCUUCCGGGUUGUCUUGAUCAUUGAGUCUUGGCAUAAUAGAUUCCCACACUUCCUUUUCUCUUUGCGAACGAUAAGUCACCUUAGGGUAUUUCCUGUGUGAUAGGCAUAGAAUGCUAAGGGUAAUUGCCGGCCUUUUCCAAGAAAGGGACACUUUAACCACAUAAGGAAGCAAUGGUAAUCAUUCUUUUAACAUUCGUUUUGUAUCUUCUGUUCCAUAACUGUUUUGAUUGUAUAGAUUUGUUUAUAUACUAUAUAUACACUUACUUUGUGAUGUACAUAAUAUUUAUGUGAAUUUAAAAAUCUGUCACAAUAGAAAAGGGUAGGAAUUACAGUUGGAAGGCAUACUGGAGGAAUUCAGAUGUUUAAACCCCAAAUGUUUUAGUCUCAUUGCUGCUAACUUUUUUUCAGAAAAAGCUAAAAACCACAUUAUAAUUACUGUGUUUACUUAUUUAUGCUUUUAAAUUAGGCUUUUUAUGCUUAUUUAUUUAAUUUUUUAGGACAUUUGCUUUUAAUGUUGUUUUCUCUUGUGGAAACAAUAUGAAUAUUUAAAAAAUAAAGCCCCUAAGUAACACUUAUGUUUUUAAACAUUCACAAAUUGACAAAAAUUCUUUGCAUUUUUAUUAGUUUUUUUGGGCUCUGGACAACUCUUUAGGGAUAUUUCUUAAUUUCCAGUUGACUUGUUAAUAAAAACGGGAAAAAUAUGAAGGUAAUGUCAUCAGAUUUAGUUUUUUUAUUUUACCUUUCUCAUUUCUUGAUUGAUUUUAUUUUAUAUGUAUAAAAAUAACCUAGAUUCUGCUUUGUCACCAGCAGUGUGUACGUUUCUGUACAUUUAUGGAAAUUUGGCACAACAAAUAGGAAAUUAAUAUGGAGGUUUUCCUCCUGUGAAAGGACUCUGAUUUUAUGUUCAAAAUUAUAAAACACACUUUUGUUCUGCAAGCUCUGAAAUGACUAAAUAUUACCCUUUGGAAAACCUGAGUCUUUGCACAUGUUAUUUCUGGAGUCUACCUCAGUUCAACAAGCUUAGUUUCACGUGGGAAUGAACUGAACCAUGUUGAAAUUCAGUUCAUCAUCUAGGCAGAUUUGUCUCUUGAAUCGCUUCCUUCUUUCUCCUCUCUCACUCACUAUUUUUUUUUUUAACACUGAAAGUUUAAUUGAAGAUGCUGGUUGUUCUUCCUCUGGCAAAGCCACACCCUCCAGGUGAAGCCUCUGCGAACGUCUACGUUAGUCUUCCCCCCUCUGUCACGGCAGCUUCACCACCGGUGCUUCCAUUCAAGAAGUUUCAGACACAGUGCACCUUCUCAAUAGCUUCAUAAACACACACUCGUGUGGCAAGGACCUAACCCUUCCUGUACAAGGACCUGAGUGCUUCGUGACAACACGGAGAGGGGGGUGUGUGACACGUCCAUUCGCACGGCAGCAACUGAUGCCUUCGGUUAAUGCUGUGUGGACACAGCGUCCAGGAAGAGCGCUCUGUGCUGUGACCGUUGGUGUUCUGUUAAGAUUUUUGUUUCAGUGUCUGUGUCCCAGUGUUUGAACCUAACUUAAAAAGAUGUUUCCAAAUUGUGUUUAUUGGAUGUGCUUCUCCUCACAUUUUGUGUGGCCAGGCCGCCAGUUUCACGAGCUGAGCUGUGUCUGUGCGUAGAGUGUAAUUUGGUAAUAAAUUUCUAGAGCGUG